AGGAUGAUGGGUGCUUCCUUUUGAACUUUACAGUGGGAAUACGAUUUCUUUGCAUUGAAAAUUCUUUUAUAGGAACCCCAGGAUAUCUACUGGCUUUCCCAGUGCCUUUACCUUACAGCCCAGUACCACAGGGCUGCCCAUGCAAUUCGAUCCCGCAAACUUGAUAAGCUUUUUCUUAGAUGCAUAGAAUCCCUACAGUGUGGAAACAGGCCCUUCAGCCCAACAAGUCCACACCAACCCUCGGAUCAUCCCACCCAGACCCAUUCCCUAUAAACCCACCUAAUCUGCACAUCCCUGAACACCGAGGGUAAUUUAGCAUGGCCAGUCCACCCUAACCUGCACAUCUUUGGACUGUGGGAGGAAACCUACGCAGACACGGGGAGAAUGUGCAAACUCCACACAGAUAGUCGCCUGAGGGUGGAAUCGAACCUGGGCUCCUGGCGCUGUGAGAUACCAGUGCUAACCACUGAGCCACUGUACCACCCAAAAAGCUAUCACCUGCACUCAAACCAGAUCUAUGGAGCCUGUCGAUACCUUGCUGCCCAGUGUCAUUAUGCAGCCAAGGAAUAUCAGCAAGCUCUUGACAUUCUGGAUAUGCAAGAACCAAUCAAUAAGAUCAUAUUGGAGAAGAAUGCCAAAGCUGACAACAAGAUCAAAGAAGCCUCUAUUGACUGGGGAUUGUCUCCUGCUGCAAUCAAGAGCUCUAUUUGCCUUUUGCGAGGGAAGAUCUAUGAUGCUAUGGAUAACCGACCCCUGGCUACAAACAGCUACAGAGAAGCAUUGAAGCUCGAUGUGUGUUGUUUUGAAGCAUUUGAUCUACUGACAUCACACCACAUGCUGACAGCACAGGAAGAAAAGGAACUGCUUGAGUCAUUGCCAUUCAAUAAACAAUGUACUGAAGAAGAACGUGAUUUGUUGUACUUUCUAUAUAAAAAUAAAUUGAAAAAGUACAACAAACCAAGUGAGACAGUAAUUCCUGAGUCAAUAGAUGGGCUGCAGGAUAACCUGGAUGUUGUAGUGUCUGUUGCAGAGAGAAAUUACUACAACUGUGAUUUUAAAACAUGCUACAAACUCACUUCAAUGGUGAUGAAUAAAGAUCCUUAUCAUGCAGUUCUCCUUCCAGUGCACAUUGGAACAUUGGUGGAAUUGAACAAAGCAAAUGAAUUGUUCUACCUUGCGCACAAGUUGGUAGAUUUAUAUCCCAAUAACCCAGUGUCUUGGUUUGCUGUGGGCUGUUAUUAUCUUAUGGUUGGCCACAAGAAUGAACAUGCCAGGCGUUAUCUCAGUAAAGCCACCACCCUUGAGCGAACCUAUGGGCCAGCAUGGAUUGCCUAUGGCCAUUCCUUUGCAGUGGAAGGUGAACAUGACCAAGCCAUGGCUGCCUAUUUCACAGCAGCACAGCUAAUGAAAGGGUGUCAUUUACCAAUGUUGUAUAUUGGCCUCGAGUAUGGACUAACCAAUAAUUCUAAACUGGCAGAAAGGUUUUUCAGUCAGGCCUUGAGCACUGCACCCGAGGAUCCUUUUGUUCUUCACGAGAUGGGAGUAGUGGCUUUUCAAAACGCAGACUGGAAGGCUGCAGAGAAGUAUUUUCUGGAUGCAUUAGAUAAAGUGAGAGCAAUCGGAAAUGAGGUGACUGUUGAUAAAUGGGAACCAUUAAUGAAUAAUCUAGGACAUGUAUGUAGAAAACUCAAAAAAUAUGAUGAAGCAUUAGACUAUCAUCACCAGGCUCUUGUCCUCAUUCCUCAGAAUGCAUGCACCUAUUCCGCUAUCGGUUAUGUGCUGAGUCUCAUGGGAAAUUUUGAGAGUGCCAUCAACUAUUUUCAUACGGCUUUGGGUCUUCGUAGAGAUGAUACUUUUUCAGUUACAAUGCUUGGUCAUUGCAUUGAGAUGUACAUUGGGAAUGCAGAUGCCUAUAUUGGGACUGAGUUAAAGGAGAAAUUGGGUUGCUACGAGCUUGACAUUUCUACAAUGAAGGCACCAGCGAUCAAGAAAAUGAUUUGCCCCUCUUGGGAGGAGAGGGAAUGUGAUACUGAGUUGGAACGGCAGCCCCUCGAGGAGAGUGGCAUCAUGGCUUUGGAUGCAUCACCCCAGCAGAGCAAGUUAACAAAUACGGAGGCUCAUCACGAAGAUACCCCGCUUUUCACAGAAAUGGAAAUGAAUGAAAGUGACAUGAUAUUAGAGGCAUCCUUGUCUGACCACAGCACUUGAGUGCCUUCUGAGCGGAAAUUUGGGAACCUUUCUCAUCUCCUUGGCAAGUUUAUUAAUCUGAGUGGUGCAAAUGUUCUGUGAUGUCUGCUGUUGAUUUAGAACUAACAGCAACGCUGGUGGAACUGGGCCCAUUCAGCAGACAAUGAGCUACCCCUUCCUCAACAAUAUUUCCACAGCAAUAAGCGAAUGAAUGGGGUGACUAUUUAACAAUGUAAUGUUCUCAUGGUGACCUGCAGAGUAAAAGGUGAUCAUGAUAUUUUGAAAUAUUGCCACCUGUCAUUUCAUUGUAUUAAAAUCUCUAA